UAAAUUUGAAACCACGAAAAUACCGAAAGAGGAAGUCCAAGUUCAAUGGGAACCAAGGAAGAUGGCACUAAGAGGGGAAAAAAGCCCCGAGAAGACCGAAACAUUUUGUUUGCCUAUCGAAGAGGUCGUGCAAAUUAUUCUUUGUCUAACAGAAGAAUCUGUAGCCAAUGGCAGAGUAGAAAAGGUCUUGCGUUACAAAUGGAAGAAAGUUCUACUAAUUGGAAUUGAAGAAACGAGAUCGCUUAUUGAA